UCCCUCUUUGCGGCGGGUCAGAGGUGAGGGAUGGCAGGCCUGGCCUGCGCGGGCGGGCCUUAGGUGAAAGACCGGCCUAGAGUUGGGCUCCCCGCGGCGCGAGUGGGAAGAACGCGGGUUAGACCCCGGCUCACGAGAACAACUGACGUGAGGAACAGGCUGUGGUGUAUCCCGGGCGGCCUCCACCCUCUGCGGACCCGGGGCCUCCAUCCGGGCCCCGGAGACGCCGCGGCCGGGGUCUUCGGCUCCUCCCGUCAGCCCGGGGCGUGUGUCUCUCUUUUCCCGGCGGGAUCCGACCCAGACCGCGGUCCCCGACUGCCACCCCCCGGAGCCGGCCAGUGGACGCAGAGUGGCCCGUGGUCUCUCGGUGAUGGCCGGGCAGCUUCCUCCUGUAGCAGCAGUGCUCUAGCAUCCUUCCGUUCCGCCUCCUUGAGCUCCCGGGCAGUCAGUCAGGUAGGGCUGAGGAAAACACCUUUACCCCGUGCCGUGCAGGAAAACCACUGUCAUCAAGAUGUCAGGGAUUGGAAAUAAACGAGCAGCUGGAGAGCCAGGCACAUCAGUGCCUCCAGAGAAGAAGACAGCUGUUGAAGAUUCAGGGACCACAGUGGAAACCAUUAAACUAGGGGGCGUGUCUUCAACGGAGGAGUUAGACAUUCGAACAUUGCAAACCAAAAAUCGCAAGCUAGCGGAAAUGCUGGACCAACGGCAGGCCAUUGAAGAUGAACUUCGUGAACACAUCGAAAAGCUGGAACGACGGCAGGCCACCGACGAUGCCUCCCUGUUGAUUGUUAACCGGUACUGGAGUCAGUUUGAUGAAAACAUCCGUAUCAUCCUUAAACGUUACGAUCUGGAACAGGGCUUGGGAGACCUACUCACAGAAAGGAAAGCUCUGGUUGUGCCAGAACCAGAGCCUGACUCUGACAGCAAUCAGGAACGCAAAGAUGACCGAGAGAGAGGGGAAGGGCAAGAACCAGCUUUCUCUUUCCUUGCUACUUUGGCCAGCAGUUCCAGUGAAGAGAUGGAGUCUCAGCUGCAGGAGCGUGUGGAGUCCUCCCGCCGAGCUGUGUCCCAGAUUGUGAAUGUGUAUGAUAAGUUACAAGAAAAAGUGGAGCUUUUGUCCCGGAAGCUAAACAGUGGAGAUAACCUGAUAGUGGAAGAAGCAGUGCAAGAAUUGAACUCCUUCCUUGCGCAAGAGAACAUGAGGCUGCAGGAACUGACAGACUUGCUCCAGGAGAAGCACCGCACCAUGUCUCAGGAGUUCUCUAAGCUGCAAAGUAAAGUGGAGACAGCUGAGUCACGAGUGUCUGUCCUGGAGUCAUUGAUUGAUGAUCUGCAGUGGGAUAUUGACAAAAUUCGAAAGAGGGAACAGCGACUCAACCGACACUUAGCGGAAGUCCUAGAACGGGUGAAUUCUAAAGGAUAUAAGGUGUAUGGAGCGGGGAGCAGUCUCUAUGGUGGCACAAUCACUAUCAAUGCCCGGAAGUUUGAAGAAAUGAAUGCAGAGCUUGAGGAGAACAAAGAGUUGGCUCAGAACCGUCACUGUGAGUUGGAGAAACUCCGGCAAGACUUUGAGGAGGUCACUACACAGAAUGAGAAGUUAAAGGUGGAAUUACGGAGUGCAGUGGAAGAAGUGGUUAAAGAAACUCCAGAGUACCGCUGCAUGCAAUCACAGUUUUCUGUUCUGUACAAUGAGAGUCUUCAGUUGAAAGCACACCUGGAUGAGGCUCGGACCCUACUUCAUGGCACACGGGGAACCCACCAGCGCCAGGUUGAGCUCAUUGAGCGAGAUGAGGUUAGUCUUCAUAAGAAGCUGAGAACUGAAGUGAUCCAGCUAGAAGAUACGUUGGCUCAGGUGCGCAAAGAGUAUGAAAUGCUGAGGAUAGAAUUUGAGCAGACUCUUGCUGCCAAUGAACAAGCAGGUCCUAUAAACCGGGAGAUGCGCCACCUCAUCAGUAGCCUCCAGAAUCACAAUCACCAGCUGAAAGGGGAAGUCCUAAGGUAUAAGCGAAAACUGAGAGAAGCUCAGUCAGACCUAAACAAGACACGUCUGCGCAGUGGCAGUGCCCUUCUGCAGUCUCAGUCUAGUACUGAGGACCCUAAGGAUGAACCUACAGAGCUGAAACAAGACUCUGAGGAUGUAUCCAGCCAGUCAUCAACACUGAAGGCAUCUCAGGAAGAUGUCAGUGAAAUUAAGUCCAAACGGGAUGAAGAGGAGCGGGAGCGAGAAAGGCGGGAGAAAGAAAGGGAGAGAGAAAGAGAACGAGAGAAGGAAAAGGAAAGAGAACGAGAGAAGCAGAAACUAAAAGAGUCAGAAAAAGAGAGAGAUUCUGCUAAGGAUAAAGAGAAAGGGAAACAUGAUGAUAUCAGGAAAAAGGAAGCAGAAAUUAUCAAACAACUGAAGAUUGAACUCAAAAAGGCACAAGAGAGCCAGAAGGAGAUGAAACUACUGCUAGAUAUGUACCGCUCGGCACCAAAGGAGCAGAGAGACAAAGUGCAGCUAAUGGCAGCGGAAAAGAAGUCUAAGGCAGAGUUGGAGGAUCUAAGGCAAAGACUCAAGGAACUUGAGGAUAAGGAAAAGAAAGAGAAUAAGAAAAUGGCUGAUGAAGAUGCCUUGAGGAAGAUCCGGGCUGUGGAGGAGCAGAUAGAAUACCUGCAGAAGAAGCUGGCCAUGGCCAAGCAGGAGGAAGAAGCUCUCCUCUCCGAGAUGGAUGUCACUGGCCAGGCUUUUGAAGACAUGCAGGAGCAAAAUAUUCGCCUGAUGCAGCAGUUGCGGGAGAAGGAUGAUGCCAAUUUCAAGCUCAUGUCAGAACGCAUCAAAUCCAAUCAGAUCCAUAAAUUGCUUAAAGAAGAGAAGGAGGAGCUUGCAGACCAGGUUUUGACUCUAAAGACUCAGGUGGAUGCGCAGUUACAGGUAGUAAGAAAGUUGGAAGAGAAAGAGCACCUGCUGCAGAGCAACAUCGGCACAGGGGAGAAGGAGCUGGGUCUUAGGACCCAAGCCUUGGAGAUGAACAAGCGCAAGGCAAUGGAAGCAGCCCAGCUUGCUGAUGAUUUGAAAGCACAAUUAGAGUUGGCUCAGAAGAAGCUUCAUGAUUUUCAGGAUGAGAUUGUAGAGAAUAGUGUCACCAAAGAAAAGGAUAUGUUCAAUUUCAAACGAGCCCAGGAGGACAUCUCUAGACUUCGAAGGAAGCUGGAAACCACAAAGAAGCCAGACAACGUACCCAAAUGUGAUGAGAUUCUAAUGGAGGAGAUUAAGGAUUACAAGGCCCGUCUGACCUGCCCUUGCUGCAAUAUGCGUAAAAAGGAUGCUGUACUUACCAAGUGUUUUCAUGUUUUCUGCUUUGAGUGUGUGAAGACGCGCUAUGACACUCGCCAGCGCAAAUGUCCCAAGUGUAAUGCAGCUUUUGGUGCCAAUGAUUUCCAUCGCAUCUACAUUGGUUGAUUGCAUUAAGAAGAGGAACUGUCUGGACAAGCACUUGUUCAUUAACCACCAAACCUCUACCUCUUCUCUCCUUGGCAGUUUGUCAAUUCCUUUUCCUCCACAGACUUUAUGUCCAUGCUCUUCUCUCCAAUAGCUAGAUGACUUUAGAGAAAAAGACUGGUAAAUGUAAGUCUUGGGUUUUAGAAUGAAUUAGAAACAACUCAUACUUGUCUUCCCUACCAGCUAUUUUUUUUUUUUUUCCUGCUUUAGGACCUUUCGCAUUUUCUUCUUUAGGCCCCUUCUACAAUCUUGGAUUGUCCAUUCUUCCUGAAGAAGAAAUGUUGGUAUUUUUGACGUGGAAAAGGGAACAAAGAGU